AUGGUUGAUACAGAGAAUGGCAAAAAUAUUGAAGAAAUAUCAUCAAAUAUGAUAGACGUUGUGAUUGUCGGCGCUGGUUUUGCCGGACUUUACAUGUUAUAUCGUUUACGUGAAAGCGGAUUUUCAGCAAAAAUCAUCGAAGUCGCCGAUGGCAUCGGUGGCGUAUGGCACUGGAAUCGUUAUCCAGGAGCUCGUUGUGACAUUGAAGCAAUGCAAUACUCGUAUUCGUUCUCGGAAGAAUUACAACAAGAAUGGAAAUGGUCGGAAAUAUUUCCUACUCAACCAGAAAUAUUACGUUAUCUUAAUUAUGUGGCAGAUAAAUUUGACUUACGCAAAAAUAUUGAGCUCAAAACUCAGGUGAACGCUGCCAUUUUCGACGAGACUCACUCUCGAUGGGAGAUACAAACAAGUCGAGGUGACCGAAUAUUGGCUAAAUUUUGUGUUAUGGCCACUGGUUGUCUCUCGGCUUCUAGAAUUCCUAGCAUUAACGGACUCGAGACUUUCAAAGGACAUUAUUAUCAUACAGGUCGAUGGCCACAGACAGAUGUCAAUUUUAGUGGUCGUCGGGUUGCCGUUUUCGGCACUGGUUCAUCUGGAGUUCAAAUAAUUCCGAUUAUUGCUAAGCAAGCCAAGCAUCUCUUCGUAUUUCAAAGAACGGCAACUUUUACCGUUCCAGCACGAAACAAACCACUCGAACCAGAAUAUGAACAAUGGUGGAAAUCGAAUUAUGCUGAACAUCGAAAACAAAUGCUGGAAACGAUUACUGGCUGUUUAGCUCUAGGCAUGAAAAAUUGUUCUGCAAUGUCGGUGACACCCGACGAACGAUUGCAAGAAUAUGAAAAACAAUGGCAAAAAGGAAGUCUCAAUUUUCUAGGUUCAUUUAACGAUCUAGUUUUCAAUCAAGAAGCUAAUGAUACAGCAGCUGAAUUUCUACGCAGCAAAAUCCGUGAAAUCGUUGAAGAUCCGACUGUCGCUGAAAAAUUAAUCCCACGUGGUUUUCCGCUCGGGGCUAAACGUCUUUCCCUUGACACCAAUUAUUUCGAGGCAUUCAAUCAUGAUAAUGUAACACUAGUCGAUCUUCAACAAGCACCAAUCGAUGAAAUCACACCGACUGGAAUUCGAAUCGGUAAUAAAAAUUAUGAAUUAGAUGACAUUGUGUUUGCUACAGGAUUUGAUGCAUUCACGGGAGCAUUGUUCAAAAUUGAUAUUAGAGGCCGAGCAGGUAAAACACUUCGAGAUAAAUGGGCUGAUGGACCAUGUACAUAUCUUGGUCUUAUGACAUCAGAUUUUCCAAAUCUAUUUAUAAUGACCGGUCUUGGCAGUCCAACAGUAUUCGCCAACGCAGCUCUUUGUAUUGAACAAAAUGUUGACUGGAUAACCAAUUGUCUUGUCUACCUUCGCACGAAUCAUUACGAAACAAUCGAACCGAACACAGAAGCAGAGAAUGACUGGGGAAAACAUGUAAAUGCAGUUGCUAAUUUUAUUCUCUUUUCUAAAGCUGACUCUUGGUUCAAUGGAGCGAAUAUUGAAGGCAAGCCAAGGGUUUUCAUGCCAUAUGCAGGUGGUGUCAAUAAUUAUCGAAAGAAAUGUCAAGACGUUGUAGUGAAUGGCUACCAAGGUUUUAUCUUAGCGACGCAGUAA